AUGAAUAAAUCGACUACUUCACCUAAUUCUGAUGUAUCCAGGGCCAGCCAUUUCGAAAGAGCAAGAAUACGAACUCUAGCAGCUGAGCUUGAAAAAGUCCAAAAGAAAACUUUUACCAAAUGGGUCAAUUCAUGCUUGUCAAGAGUGGGAUUAAAUAUUGACAAUUUGUAUAGCGAUCUUUGCGAUGGAACGGUUCUACUACGCCUGUUGGAAGUUUUAUCUGGGGAGAAAUUGCCGAAACCGGCACGUGGUAGAAUGCGAAUUCAUCUCAUUCAAAAUCUGAAUGCCGUCUUGAAAUUUUUAAUCCAUAAACAUGUGAAACUAGAAAAUAUUGGCGCUCAUGAUAUUGUCGACGGAAAUCAACGAAUUAUUUUGGGCUUAAUAUGGACCAUUAUUUUAAGAUUUCAGAUUCAGGAUAUACGUAUCGAAGGUGAAACGACUGAAUCGACCGAAAAAAGGUCUGCUAAAGACGCCUUGCUUGUUUGGUGUAAAUUGAAAACAGCCAAUUAUACAAAUGUAAGAGUGACGAAUUUUACGUCCAGUUGGCGGAAUGGACUGGCAUUUAAUGCGCUUAUUCAUAAACACCGGCCAGAUGUGGUUGAUUAUGAUCGACUUUCACCCGAUAACGCGCUGGAAAAUUUGCGACUUGCUUUCACAGUUGCGGACGAGUGCUUUGGAAUUGCCCCUUUGCUAGAUGCUGAAGAUAUCUGCGUAGAAAAUCCUGAUGAAAAAUCUAUUAUGACUUAUGUUGCUUCUUAUUAUCAAUCGUUUUCUAAGUUGAAAGCAGAAAAUGUAGUAGAACGCCGAAUUUGGAAGGUUAUGAAUUGCAUCAUGGAUCUUGAAAAAAUGAUGCAAGAAUAUGAUACUUUAGCUUCGAAUCUUUUGAAAUGGAUUAGAGCAAUGAUAGUUAUAUUGUCUGAUAGACAAUUUGAAAACAAUCUCGAUGGAGUCCAACGACAGCUAUCUGAAUUCAAAACAUAUCGUACAGUCGAUAAACCACUGCGUUACUUGGAAAAGGGGACGCUGGAAGAGAAAUUUUUUACAAUUCAAAGUAAACUGCGCUCAAACAAUCGUAAGGGCUUUAUACCCGUAGCGGAUAAAACUAUUUCUGAUAUUAACAAGAGCUGGGAACAGCUAGAAAAUGCAGAACAUGAUCGUGAACAGGCGUUAAGAGAAGAAAUCAUAAGACAAGAGCGGCUUGAGCGCCUGGCUGAUAAAUUCACGAAAAAAGCUGAGAUGCGAGUACAAUGGAUAUGCGAUAGUGUCCGGCUUGUUGAUAACGAUAUAUUUGGUGACUCAGGCUCGUCCGUAUCUGCUGCAUUGAAAAAGCAGGAGGCAUUUGAAGCCGAUGUAUACGAGUAUCAAAAGCGAAUACGCGCUAUGGAAGACCUGGUGCAAGAAUUAAAAAUAGGCAAUUAUCAUGCCAUACAGAAAAUUCAGGACAAGCGUGAUAAAGUGAUUAUACUGUGGAAUGAAUUAUUGGAACUAAUAAAAAUUCGUGAAGGUAAAGUAAGUCAACAUGUCGAACUACAUGAUCAUAUACAGGAAUUAGAAGAUUUUAUGGGGUGGUCGCGUGAUGUCAAGAAUUCAUUAGAGUCUGAAGAUUAUGGAUUGGAGCUACAUGAUGUAGAGGAUCUUUUACAAAAGAACUUAAUUCUUGAAAAUGAGAUUUUGGCCCAAGAGGAACCAUUAACGAGAGCAUUACUCGAGGCUGAAAACUUUAAAGCGCCUUCAAAAGAAGAUGGUGUGAACUUUUUUAAUAGCAAUCCAAUGAAUGAUCUGCUGAAGGAGAGAAUCAAUUCGUUAUCUCGUUUAUACGAUCAAAUUUCGGAAUUGCUCUAUAUUAGAAAGACUCGCUUGGAGGAUUCACGCCAACUCUUACAGUUCUAUCAAAAUGUAGAUGAUGAAUUAGAUUGGAUGAAAGGAAAAAAUCAAUCUUUAUCACUUACAGACCUUACUAAAGCAACGGAUUGCUCCUAUGUAAUUCAUAAAUUACGUAGUCAUCAGGCAUUAGAGGCAGAGGUUAAUAAUAAUGAAACACUUUUAAGGAAUAUCAUCGAUACCGGAAAUCAAUUAAGUAAGAAUAAUAAUUACGACUCAUCUAUGAUUUUAUCCAAAAUUAACAAUCUAGCAUCAGCAUGGAAUAAUCUAGUCGACUCCAUGAGCAAACGUAAAGAUAGAAUCGCCGAAAUAUUGUCGAUGCAACAAUUUCUUUCUGAAGCCGAUUACUUAGAAGGCCAAAUAUCACUUCAUACUGGUUUAUUAUCUGUAGAUCAAAACAGAAUCGAUGAAGAUAACAUAGAUUCUCUGCUAAAGCAUCAUGCUAAUCUUGAAUUUGAAGUUGAAAACUACAAAGACCAACUGCAUUUACUGGAUAAUAUGGCGGACGACUUAAAUCCAAACGAUCAAUCUUUUGAAAUGGCUCUUGGGAAGAAAGCUGUUAUUACUGAAAAGUACCAAGUAUUAAUGGCUGAAGUUGGUUAUCGUCGUGAAAAAUUGAUUGCACAGCAAUCUUUAUUUAGAUACUUGAGCGAAAUUGAUAUCGUAUUUUCUUGGAUUGGAGAUAAAGAAGCCGUACUAUUUUCAUUUGAGCCUCCUACUAACUUAAUUGAAGCUGAGUUGAUAUUACAAAAAUUUAAAGGUAUUGAAAGAGAUAUAGUAACGUAUCAAGAUAGGUAUAAUAACACUUUGAAAGCUGGAAAUGAUUUAGCGGUUCAAAUCACUGAUGGUAAUGAUGAAAUUGCUAACGCUCAAGGUGAACUAAAUGAAAAAUGGAUUCGUUUACUGGAAUUACACGGACUGAAAAAAGAAGAACUUUCAAAGUUGCUGAUUUUAUUGCGACUAUUCUAUGAAGUCGAUGAAGUGAAAAAUUGGAUAGCUGAUAAAGGAACAGGGCUAAGCAGUUGUUCAUACACAACUGAUCCUGCAGCAGUUCUUCAAAUGCAACGACAAAUAAAUGUUAUUGAGAGAGAAACGCCGGCUAUCGAAGAAAGAAUUGAAGAUGUAGAAUCGAAAAGAGACGCAUUAGCUGAAGAACAACCUGAUAAAUUAGAAAUUGUGAAUGAUAAACUAGAUAGCUUGUACGAAGUCUGGGAUGAUUUACGAAAUCUGGUUCGAAAUCAGAUAGCGACUAUUGGGGAAUGCAGUAAUAUUCAAAAGUUAAUGUUUGAUGUGGAAGACUUGGAGGAUUGGUUAAAAUUCCAAUUAGGGCAAUUAAGCUUAGAAACCGAUGGUCUAAAUUCUCUUCCCGAUGUAGAAAAACUGCAAGCGGAGCAUAAUGAACUUUUAGAGGAGUUUACGAAUCGUAAAAUAAUUCUAGAUCGAAUCAAUUCUACUGCACCAAUGCAUUAUACUGGUGAUGCGGCUGGUAGGCGUCUGGAACAACGUGUAGAAGACAUUAAUCAUGAUUGGAAUGAUUUAGACAGCCUGUGCCACAAACGGAAAGUUCUAUUACAGCAGAUCCAACAAUAUUUAAUAUUUCAACGUGAUUGCAAAUAUAUUGAAGGUAUCCUUCAGAAGCAAGAUGUGUUUUUAGCUGAGGUUAUGACAGAAUUAGGUACAUCGAAUAAAUCUGCUAAUCAGUUGAAGAAUAAGGACGAUCAACAUUUAAAAAGACUAGACUCUUGCAUUCAACGAGUUGCACAAGCGGACCAGUUUGCAAAGCUUUCGGUGGAUGAUGACCAUUAUGCAAAGGAAAGCUUAAUGUCGAAAGCAGCUACAUUAUCAGAGAGAGUCGAGCGAAAUCGCGGGCUUUUUACUGAGAUUGCUUUCCGGUUAGAUAAAGCUGUUCAUUUACAGAGCUUUUAUCAACGAUGCAAUGAACUAAUAGAUUGGAUAAAUGAAAAGUUUAAUAUAAUUUCUGGUGACAUUGUGACCGACCAAGCUUAUAUAUCAAGGCUACUGCAAAAGCAUCGCACUUUCGAAGCUGAACUUGCUGCCACUAGAGAUCAAAAAAAUGUUGUUAACGAAUUAGGAAAAUCUCUUGUACAGGAUCAGCCAGAUGCGCGACCUGAAGUGGAGAUUCAUCUUACUGAUAUAGAAGAUCGAUGGAUUACGUUAAUGGAUGCAUGUUCUACAAGGAGUCAACUUUUAACCGAUAGGUAUAAUGAAGUUCAAUUCAUUCGAAUAAUUGAUAAUCUGCAAGCUUGGAUGUCAGAUGCUGAAAAUACGCUCGCAAAUAUGGAAACUUGCAAAGAUCUCGCAUCUUGUAAUAAGUCAAUGACAAAGCUUACGUCUCUAGAAAGUGACAUUAUCUCUCGUAAAGACCGCCUAGAUCAACUGGAGCAACAAGUACAAAAUUUUUUAGACAUAAAUCACCGGGGUGCGGACGAUAUGCAAGAUUUGUUCGAAAGCGUAUCUCAAAGGUAUGCAGCUCUACAGCGACCACUUAAAGAACGAAGAAAGCUACUUGAAGCAUCGCGUCGCAUGUUUCAGUUUUAUCGUGAUGUCGAUGAUGAAUUGUUAUGGAUUGAAGAUAAAAAGCAACAACUGCAAUCAAAUGAAACUGGUAAUAAUUUGCACGAGGUGCAGAUCCUUAGGACUGUACAACAGAAUAUACAAAACGAAAUAAGAGUACAUGAACAAAUAAUCAAUGAGAUAUUUAAAUCUGGAUCUAAAGUAAUCUCUGAUGCUGAUUCUUCUGCUGACAAAAUACGUCAUAAUACUGAACUAUUGAAAGAGAAGUGGCUGGAGUUAGAAAUUUGUAGUAGAGAACGAGAAGCAAUCAUAGAACAAUCGGCUACGGCUCAUAAGUUACUCUUCGAUACUGAGGAAAUGGAAGGAUGGAUCAUGGAGAAAGCAGCAAUAUUGAUUACUAAAGAUAAGCCCAAGGACCAAAUCAGAGCGAUGUCUAUGAUGAAGCAUCACGAACUUUUGGAGCAGUCUGUGAAAAGUUAUGCACAAAAUAUAAAAUCACUCCAUCAGUCUGGCCAAGCUUUUCUUGACCAAAGUACGAUUAAGAGUAAGGAGAUCGUAGAAGCCCUGGACGUAAUUGAUGAUUCAUAUAAUAGCUUGCUAAUUUUGGCGUCAGAGCGGCGAAAUUUUAUCGAUGAAUUAUUACGGUUUUAUCGAUAUAAUUCGGAAGUAGAUGAAGUUGAACAGUGGAUUAAAGAGCGAGAAGUAUUUUCGAAAUCUAAAGACUAUGGUAGUAAUCUAGAGCAAAUACAGCGGAUUGCAGAAACCUUUCAUUCUUGGGUGGUAAAUACUAAAAAUUCUGGUGUAAGUAAAGUGAAAGAAGUCAACUUAAUUGCGGAUCAGCUUAUAAUAACUGGUCAUCCUGAAGCAGCAACUAUUUGUGAGUGGAAGUCUGGAAUUAACGAUUUAUGGAACCAGCUACUUGAGACGAUUCAGGAAAGAACAAAGAACAUAGAAAAUGUAGCUACGAUUCGUGAUCACUACGCUGCUGGUAACGACUUCUUACAUCGUAUUAGGACAAAAGGACAGUGCUUACCUGACGACUUAGGAAAUAAUUUUGAUUCAACCGAAUGCUUAUUGCAUCGUCAUAGUAUUGUCCAGUCUGAUGUCCUGGGGAUAGAAUUAGAGUAUAAUAACCUACAAGAAUACGCUGCGCAACUGAAAGUGGAUUUCCCGAAUGAGAAACAGGCAAUUGAUGAGCUACAUGGUAAAAUUUCAGAUGCUUGGGAACUUCUAAAAGAUAAGUGCAAUUGGAGGAAGUCGCAGCUAGAACAAACUCUAGAUCUAUUUAGGCUAUUACUUUUGGUUGAGAAUCAUGCUUUAUGGAUAAAUGACAUGUACGAUGAUAUAAAUAGCUUGGAAGACCCAAGGUACUGGUUGCCGUCUAGAUUUUGUAGCUAUUCUAUUGGAUUUCUUUUUAAACAUAUUAUAAGAGAAUUUAUAGCAAAUAGUAUUGUGCAAUUGAUCCGUAUUAUUAAAUAA